AGGGUGAAAUCUCGGGAGUUGUCUGAAUGCAGACGCACAGUGCGAUAAGUCGCGUGAACAGUUAAAAACGUGCAUAGAGUCGGCGGCGAUAUUGCAGCAUUUCGUGAAGUUAGGAAGUCGGUGACAUUAAGUUGUUAAAAGUUACCUAACAACGAGAAACCUUUCAUUUAGGGGGUGUUUUUGUAAGUUGGGUAAAGUUGAAGUCGGGCUGCUGCUCGGACUUCCUCCCCUCGGAGCGCAGAGUCAGGUCGGUGGUCGGCAGUUCUGCAGAAAUGUCGCAGAAAGACAGACCCACAUUUUAUCGGCAGGAAGUUAAUAAGACGAUAUGGGAAGUUCCAGACAGGUACCAAAACCUAUCUCCGGUCGGCUCCGGCGCCUACGGAUCCGUGUGUUCUGCGUACGACCUGCAAACUGGGCUAAAGGUGGCUGUGAAAAAACUCUCUCGGCCGUUUCAGUCCAUCAUCCACGCUAAGAGGACAUACAGAGAGCUGCGGCUGCUCAAGCACAUGAAACAUGAAAAUGUAAUUGGUCUUUUAGAUGUCUUCACCCCUGCUACCAGUCUGAAGGAAUUUACUGAUGUAUACCUGGUGACUCACCUAAUGGGCGCUGAUCUCAACAACAUAGUGAAAUGUCAAAAACUCACAGAUGACCACGUCCAGUUCCUCAUAUACCAGAUUCUCAGAGGGUUAAAGUACAUCCAUUCAGCCGACAUAAUUCACAGAGAUUUGAAGCCCGGUAACCUGGCUGUGAAUGAAGACUGUGAACUGAAGAUCUUGGACUUUGGUUUGGCGCGGCACACUGACGAUGAGAUGACUGGUUAUGUGGCCACUCGUUGGUACCGUGCCCCAGAGAUCAUGUUGAACUGGAUGCAUUACAACAUGACAGUGGACAUUUGGUCAGUGGGGUGUAUAAUGGCAGAGCUCCUGACUGGAAAGACGCUCUUUCCUGGUUCUGACCACAUAAACCAGCUACAGCAGAUAAUGCGUCUGACAGGAACACCCCCAGCGACUCUAAUAAACAGGAUGCCCAGUCAUGAGGCCAAGAACUACGUCAUGUCCUUGCCACAAAUGCCCAAGAGGGAUUUUGCACAUGUGUUCAUCGGUGCCAACCCUCAAGCUGUGGACCUUCUGGAGAAAAUGCUGGUUCUGGACACAGACAAGCGGUUAACAGCAGCCAAGGCUCUGAGCCACCCGUACUUUGCUCAGUACCACGACCCAGAUGAUGAGCCUGAGGCUGAACCAUAUGACCAGAGCUUUGAAAGCCGAGAGCUGGACAUCGAAGAGUGGAAACGACUAACAUAUGAGGAGGUGAUUAGUUUUGAGCCACCCGUCUUGGAGGAUGACAUGGAAUAAUGAGCCUUGUCUGCUCUCUGAUCCCAGCAUCCAGCUUUGUGUAACAACAGAGAAGAUAUGCAUUACUGUUAUGCAAACCUGCAUCAGAGUGCCUGCCAUAUGUUGUCUUUAUUACAUGAGAAGACAUGAUUUGCUCUUGUAAAGGGAUCAUAACCAGUAAGGGAAAAGGAAGACCAAUGAUCAUUAUUAUUUAUGAACCACUAUGUUGAUGGUCUGCUGCUGGAAAUCAUCACUUCUGGCCAAUAGCUGAAAUAAUUUUAUAUUCUUAUUGUUUUUCCUUUUUUGACUCAUCACUGUGACACUCAAAUGAAAUGCUGAACCAUCUGGACCUUAUAGCUGUGCUAUUAACUGUUUUUAAAUGUUCUGUUGAGUAAUUUAUGAAUAAGCUUUUAUGCAAGCACGGCACUGUGUCACAUGUUUUUUUCACUUUUAAGUGUGAAUUUUACAGUGACAUUUAGUGCUCACACAGUAAGUUAAAUAUUUUCUAAAGCAGCCCUUUUUUAGAUUUAACUUUAAAGUUGGAAAACCAUAAGUGAAUAAAAUGAAAGCCCUGGGAUUCCUCUAACACAUAUCUGAGCCUCUGCUGUUGAAGUACAGAACUAUUUUUACACCGUACCACAAAAUGGAUCACAGUUAUAUGUAGGUACAGGAUCUAUGCUUAAAUGUACAUAUCUGCCUUUUUUUUUUUAAUGUCGAAGUUAUGUUAUUAAAAUCACUUUUAGCAUGUACAUCAUUUAUGGAUUUUGUGUGUGUCUGCGAGAGUGUGUUUUACAGGAGUUUUAAGUGUUGUGUUUAAAGACUUCUAAUAGAAAUUCUUAAAGUUGUGAAAGAAGGAUUUCAAAUGUAUUUAUACUUUGAGGUGGUAUUUAUAAGCAACAAUUGAAUGAUCCUUUAAACUAUUUUCAGUCCAGCAGAAUAUUUACUAUCUUUAGUCCUUUGUGUAACAAAAUAAAGACUUAUUUUUAAGAGA